AGAUAACGCAAGCCUCCCACUCACUUUCAGCUAUCCAGCUUUUCACCGUCCGCCCUCUUUACUUCCGUAUCAAGAAUCGACGCCAGCGUCCCGGAAACGGAAACAGCUCAUCUUUUACCUUUUCGCCCCAGCCGUUCGCAGCAAUGUCGUACCCGUCUCCCUUCAGCCGCAAUGUUUACAUUGCCAGCCUUCCGGAGGACUACACGGAGAAGGAUCUCCUGGACCUCUUCUCCCCGUACGGCCGCGUGAUCUCCUGCACCCUGAAGUACGACAAGGACACUGGCCUGUGCCGCGGCUACGGCUUCGUGCUGUUUGAGAAUGAGCAAGAUGCGUUGAACGCCGUCAUUGCGUUGCAGGGUCACUCCAUCCGGAACACGCGUGUCCAGGUCCGCCUGGCUCGCCCGGAGGCUUCUGCGAAGAAGAUGUACCCCGCGAUGAUGCAGCAGCAGCUGAUGAGUGCGUGCAUGCCGUACCAGCCGGUCUACGUCAUGUAUGUGCCGUCCCCGAUGUACUCCCAGCAGCAGUCGGCGGUGCAGGGUUAA